AUGGAGCCUUUGUUACCUCAGGAGCAGGGCGGCUCCCCCUUGGCCGCUGUAGCUGGGCCUGGGGACAAGGACAGCCCUAGCCCCUGCUCAGAGCUCCUAGACGAGAGCCAGAGUGACCUAGUCAUCCUCCACUUCAACGACGUGUAUGAGGUGGAGUCCAGGCAGGAAGAGCCGGUGGGAGGCGCUGCCAGAUUUGCUGCAGCUAUAAAAAAAUUCAGUUCCCUGAAUCCACUUAUAAUAUUUAGUGGAGACUGCUUAAAUCCAUCAGCCUUAAGUUCAGUACAUAUGAUUCCUAUAUUAAAUGCAGUGGGAGUACACUUUGCAGUCUUUGGAAACCACGAAUUUGAUUUUGGUAUUGAUAUUCUGGAAGAUUAUAUACAACAAAUGAAAUUUCCAUGGUUCCUCAGCAAUGUAUAUGACAGAUUUACCUCUAAACCACUAGGCCAUGGCUCAGUAAAAAAAGUAGUUAUAUGGAAUAUUAAACCAAUUUUCGUAUUGGGAUUAGUAGAAGAAGACUGGCUGGAUACCUUGCCUACCAUUAAUAAAUCAAACCUAAACUACAUUGAUUAUGUCAAAGCAGGUAAUAAAAUAUCUGCAGAACUUAAAGCAGAGGGAGCAGGACUUAUGAUUGCUAUGACACAGAUGAAAUGGAUUAAUGACAUCAGACUUGCCCAGAACACCCAAGGAAUAGAUCUGGUUCUAGGGGGUCAUGACCAUGAUUCUGGAAUCAAAAAGGUGAAUGGAACUUGGAUUGCCAAAAGUGGGUCUGAUUUCAGGAAAUUCUCAAAAAUAAAUACAAGAAAGUUUGGUGCAUCAUUUCAGUAUACAUUUCAGAGGAUUGACAUUUUGAGGAACCUAGAAGAAGAUUCUUUUAUAAAAUCAGUGGUGGAUGAUUAUACACAAAACCUGCAGCUUCUUUUAGAGGAAGUUCUUUGUCACAUUGACACAGAGUUAGACGGUCGUGUUUCUACUGUAAGAAGAUCAGAGAGCAAUCUGGGAAACCUGAUAACUAAUGCAAUGUUAGAAGCUACUCACGCUGAUGUAGCAUUACUCAAUUCAGGUACUCUUCGUUCAAACCAUAUACAUCGUGCAGGAGAUUUUACUAUGCGUGAUCUUUUAACUAUCCUUCCCAUUGUGGACCCACUUCUAGUAGUCAGAAUUACAGGAGGACAACUGUUGGAAGCUCUCGAAAAUGGAGUCUACAGAUAUCCAGCUCUUGAUGGAAGGUUUCCUCAAGUAGCAGGAAUGGAAUUUGGAUUUGAUCCAAAUGCAGAACCAGGGCAACAAAUUAUAAGAGACUCUAUAAAGAUUCAAGGACAAUAUCUCAAGAAAAGCAAAGUCUAUCAACUUGCCAUUUAGGAGUACUUAGCUGACGGAAAGGAUGGCUAUGUAAUGUUUCAGAAUUGUCCUAGGAUGUGA